ACUAUCGAUGCCACGCAACCCUGGGCAUAAAUUAGCGGCAAAAGAAGCAUCAAAAUACGCAAUCAAAACAAGUGGGACUAAUGCGCUGUUAUUUAUUUAUUAGAAAUGGAAUCCAUAAAUUUUAACGAUUUCUCCGUCAAGGAACGUCACGAGAUAAUCACGGCGUUCCUCAUCAAAAUGCGCAAAGCCAAUUCGAUGCACAGCGCACACAGCUUCUUUCAAUAUUACCUCAAGCAAUUUUACAAGAUGCCAACCAAACUGCUCGACGACAUAAUCUAUUGCCAGCGCGCUAUGAAAAGCUAUCUUUCCGUACAUCAGACAAUCACAAAUGUCUUUGCCGUUCAAGCAGAUGCCGAUCCCGAGACAAAAAACAAUUAUCUACUCGAGAUAGAAGACACGGUGCAUCAAAUUAAUGCAGAGUGCCAAUAUUUGAUGAUUCGCCUAGAAAAAGACAUCGAAAACUUCUGUUUACCCUUUACGGAGCAACAGCUGCAGCCCAACAGCGAUUUGAUCAGCGAAAUGGUCAGUGAAGCUAUUGUCCCGUUAGUCUGCACGAAGAGCCUGCUGCCCUUCAAGCCACAUACGGUCACAGAACGGCCCACAGAGAACCAAUUGCUUCGCAAAUACUUCACCAUCGACGUAGACAAGAAGAGCUCGUUAGGCGCCAAAACGGAGGUCACAAAGCCCACAAAAUCGACAACUAGCUGCAGAAAGAAAAACGUGAAUGCAAUUGCUGCUGCCGCUCCCCCUGCUCGGGUUACAACUGCGCAACCUGCUCGUGCUCCACCUGCUCCCACUUCUCGUGCCACAGCUGCUCCUCCGGCUGUUCGUGCUUCUGCUGUUGCUCCGCCUAAAUCAAGCUGCAAACCAGCAGCAAAGACAACGCCAACAGAGGAUGCAAGUAAAAGCGAUGCAGUGAAUGCCAGUCGCCUUCAUUUGCAGGCGGCUCUGGAACGAGCGCGCCUCAAGAAGCAGAAGGUAAACAGCGAGACCAAAGCGCAGAGUCCCAAGGAAUCGUUUCUGCAGUCCUUUGGGCUGUGCACACAGCUGGAGCACAAGCGUAUGCUCCUGGCCCAGGCGCUGAGUCACAAGCGGGUUCGAAAGCCCAUACAAAAUUAG